AUGAAGGUGAUGACUAAUAGUGAGACACCUGCGAAAGAUGAAGACGGUGUGAGUGUUCAUUCACACGCGAAGAGCGUGGACCAGGAUACGGUGACCAGGGUGUUCACGUCUGUGACUGGUAAGCUUGAAUUACCGCCUGAUGGUGGAUAUGGAUGGGUCUGUUGUUUCUGUGCUGGAAUCAUCCUCUUCUCGACCUGGGGCAGUAACAGUGCCUUUGGUGUUUAUCUUUCUUAUUAUCUCGAUAAUGAUAUAUUCCCUGGAGCAUCUGCUAUGGACUUUGCGUGGGUUGCCGGUAUACUUGUGUGCAUGGGACAGAUUCUCUCCCCGGUGGCCUUGAUAUUGGAGAGGUUUAUUGGAUUUAAGAUGACCAUGUCCCUAGCAAUAGUGUUGCACACGUCGGGGUACAUUCUGGCAUCGUUUGCGACAAAACUCUGGCACUUGUAUGUUUGUCAAGGUGUUCUUGUUGGGUCAGCAUACACUUUGAUCUGUGUUCCCGCAUUGACGGUGGUUCCUGAGUGGUUUUUGAAAAGAAGGGCACUGGCGUCAGGGCUGGUGUGUACUGGCACAGGUCUGGGUGGUUUAUUCUAUUCAUUGACGGUGAAUGCAAUGAUAAAGGCAACUGGAAACCAGCGUUGGUCUCUAAGAUUUGUUGGAAUCUCAACAGCAUUUUGUAUGAUAAUUGGUGUAAUAUUUAUCAGAAAGAGGACACCUCCAAUGGACCCCAAGUUCAAACUGAAAACUCUCAACAAGGCAAGAAAGGCCAUGUUUAAUCCACAGGUUUUCAAGACUAAGAAACUUUGGUACGUGUCGUUCUGGUUUGCGAUCUCGUUGGUUGGCUACACUAUCACUUUGUUCUCGUAUGCAUCUGCUGCUAGGGCCCUAGGAUAUUCUCAGAAACAAGCUUCUGACUUGACCGCAGUUAUUAACGCUGCUCAGACCGUUGGACGUCCACUGAUUGGAGUCGUUGCGGAUAAAUGGGUUGGUCGCAUCAACUAUACCAUCAUACUCAACAUGACAACCAUGGUUUUGAUCCUUGCAUUCUGGAUGCAGUGUCAUUCAUUUGCUGCACUUAUGGUCUGUGGUAUACUGCUUGGUCUUUUCCUCGGUGCUGGAAACGUUAUGAACCCCGUUCUCACCGCUGAUGCUUUCGAACCAAGUGAAUUUGGAUGUGCCUGGGCAACUCUGAAUCUCAUGGUGGGGAUCUUUGCAGUAUUUUCAGAGCCCAUUGCCCUGGCACUUCGUGACUACUCACUUUCUAACCCAUACCACUCAAGUCAGAUCUUCGCAGCCAUGAUGUUCUUAGCUGGUGUUCUUAUUCUUUCGCCAUUGAGAGAGUACAAGACAGCUAAAGUGAUAAAGAGCAGAAGACAAGAAACAUGGGAAGAACUCACACAGCUAAAUGACAAGACAGACAGAGAACGCGAAGAGUUAUCUCAAAGACUAAAGAACUAUGACAACAUGUUACAAAGAACUCCAAGAGGGUUCCUCAAGCGUUUAGUUUAUCCGAUCAAAGUGUAA